AGGAACAUUUACGAAGAACCCUGUCAGGAAAACGUAGAAGACAUAAAAAUCUUGGACAAAAUGAUAAGAAGAAACCGCCCAAGUCGAAAACCGUGGGUAAAGGCAACGCACCAAAUAAGCACAAAGAAAAAGUGAGUACAUCUUCUUGCAAGCUGGAUAUGAGAAGGGGAAAGAAUUUAUCAAUUUGUGAAGGAAAGCAAUUUUCUUGUAUGGUCGUAGCAUGUCCACAAAUUACAAAAGCGUUUGACACUUCUCCUAGUAUGAAUUCCAGAUUACGUCGUCAAAUGACUUUUUCAUCGAGUUCUAAAGAAAAGGUAAUUUGUUCUGAUUUGAAUCGAGAUUCACGAAAUCUGAGAACACCUUCUAAGUUGUCAGGUAUACAUAAAUAUGAAACGCCAUUAAAAUCGAAAGAAAAAAAUCGCCAUCAAGAUUCCAAAAAGAAGAAUUUAACACGAGUGUCACCAUGCACAGAAAAUAUCGAAAUAAAAUCGUAUAAAGAACGUGAACUGAAGAAAAUGGAGAAUUGCUGUACUACAGGCAUUUCUCCAAAGGAUACCAAAAGAUGCUUACGAAGUGGCUGUGAACUCGAAACUGUUAAGUCAUCUGGAACUAAAAUACCUAAAGAACAAAGUUUAAAGAGAAAAGCACGCGAAGAAGAAACAUUUGUCAGACGGAAGAAACUGCGUAGUGAAGUCAAAGGUGAUGAAUUAUGGGAAGGAAUUUUUCCAGUUCGUUUCAAGCGUCUGACUCCAAAGAAACCCAGAGACACGCAGGGUGAAAAUUCUUCACAUGCAAAUAAGAUCAGCGAUAACAAACCCCAAGGAAAUUCCUUGACCUAUCCAAAUACUAAAAGAAGAAGUUUUGAAGACCUUUACGUUGAAUUCUUGGCUAAAAGUGAAAAUUGUUUAGAGAAACAAGAGAGUAAUGACAUUUUGAAAAAUGUCAAGGGGUCUUUAUCAGACACUUGUUUCGCGGUAAAUAAAGGUAUUCCUAAAUGCAAAAUGUCUUCCAAAUCUAUAUCAGACAUUGCAGACUGUAAUACAGGAGAAGUGGCGAAGAGUCUAAAAGAAGUUUUCUCUAAAUUCAAGGAGGAGAGUGAAAUUAAAAGGAAUACCAAGCUCAGAGAGGAAGACAAAAAUCUGAAAACGACCAACAAGGAUAAGACAGAAACAAAAACAGACGAAGCAUGUGAUAUAUCAAAUGAUAUUAGUACACGUGAUGUUUCUUUUGUGACUCCGAAGCGAAGCUUAAGGCUUCAAGAAAAAAUAUCAUCAGGAAAAGGAAAGUUGUCUGUUUCAGGAUUAUUUCUCCCUUGGUAUGGCAAAGAAUCUUGUUCGCAGAAGAAAAAUUCGGCAGCGAGGUGUUUAUUACCUGAAUAUACAAACUCAAAAAGCUCGAGUAACAAAUAUCCCAAGAAACCAAUCGAAGAGCUGAGGUUAGAAAAAUCACCAGAGAUGAACAGAAACCAAAGUACUCACUCACUUGGCACAAAACGAAGUAUGGAAGUGGACAUAAAUAAAAACACUCGAAACUCCGAAAAAGCAGAGACCGGUCUUAGAAAUCGAUCGUGCCGGAUUAAGGAAAAGCAUUUAGAUGGUAACUAUAACUUACAGUCUGGUCAAACGCCAUUCGGAUUGGAUACUCGGAAAACCCCUACACGAGACGAUCAUAAACAUAAAUCACCGGGGAGACAGAGAAGACAGGAUGUAGAAGCCAAAGAUGCUGUAGGAGAGAUUACCAAUAGUAGAAAAAAUAACAUUCAUAUCAUUCAAGAAAAAGAAAUAUUGAAAAAUGUCAAUUAUCAAUACACCCUGAACGAAUGUCAACCUGACAUAAAUUCUGUAAAGCGAUUAGAGGAACGUAUCACUAUGUUUCAAAACAAUUGUGAGAAAGAUAGAUACUGUUGUCGUACAGAUGACAAUCGACCAAACAAAGAUAACUCGGACGAGAGUAUAACAAGAGCAAAAGAGACUGGGGAUAAAAUCAAGUCAAACACAUUGAGUCAAGCAACAGAAUACAGCAACAAUGCAACGACGAAUCUCGUGAAAGAUCCUGUAGACAGUAAAGAUAUAGUACAUGUGCAUGAGUGUUCAGAAGCGUCACAAAGAGAAACUGACGAAAGAGAAACAGAGGAAAUGCAGACCGGUAACGGUAAGCAGACGGCUGGUUGUCAGAUAGCUAUGUCGUCAUCCAAUAUCGUUGAAAAACAGUAUGUUUCGUCAUCAGAUUCCAAAGAAAAUCUUGAUGUGAUCACUGAUAUUAUUAAAGCCAUUGUUACAAAAACUGAAGAGUUGCAGAAAACAUUUGAACCAAAAGUACUACGACGUGCAACUGACGAAAAAGGGAUUGAUAUUUCGUGUCAAAUGAUGGUCGCCAAAGACCCGGAUAAGAUCACAAGAGUUCACCGUGCUAUUGGUGGAUAUCCUUUGUUUAACAUGGCGGUAGACAACAACGCGCUGUCUGAUCCAGAAUCUGUAUCUCGUGAUGAAGCAGACCUGGACACCAGCCAUAUUAACAAUAAGGUUAAAGCUUUGAUUGAAUCUUCUAAGAGAGUCACCGACCCCACAUACAUGCGAAAACCACUCAAAAUUGUGAUGAAAAAGACAUACCGAGGUGCAAAAAUAGUCAAGAAACUUCCAGAAUUGAACGCUAAUCCUACAGUUGAUUUGCCUCGUCUGAGUGCAUUCUGUUCCUUAGAGAACCCGUCCACCUCCAAUACCUUAAAGGUGAAUCUUAAAAUAGAGUCCGAGAAGUCAUCUCAAAGUACCCCUCAUGGUGUUAUGAAACAUGAGACGAAGAACACACACAUUGGUUCAUAUAACGGAAGGAAAAAGCAGACCCGGAGUAGGACACGUUCCGGAGAAGGAGAGAUGGCGAUAGCAUUAGACAAUCCUGAUACAGAGUUAAAGGUCCCGCGCAACAAGGGGAAGGUCUAUCCACAGCGAAUCAAGAGUAGCGGUUCCCAAGACCAGAAAAAGACGCCUAAGAAAUCACACAAUGGCUUGAAGUCGUCUACCCCGACAAGAGGUCCAGCUGCAGAUCUAACUCUUCUUCAGAAUCAGGCUAUAGGGAAACACGCCAUAAUCCUUUGGUCGAGUGACAACCGUCGUCAUUUCCAACUGACUCAUCCCGAUCUUGAUUCUGCUGGUGUGGAGGAGGUGAUGAGGAAUGCAUGGGGGGACCUUAAUACUAAGGAAAAGCUGAAGUAUUUCCAAAGAGCUUACAGCGCCACCAAAGAUGAACACCGCCACUCCACGUUAAAGAAGGAUGAUACCAAACUCUCACACUUGAAUACGGCUCUGGGACGUUUUCUGACCCUUAACCCGUCUAAACAACACGAGAAGCUGCAGAGGUAUCUGCAAUAUGUAUUCAGUAUAUCUAGAGAGGCAUACAUAAAACUGAUGGAGGACUUUAAAACAGAAAUGAAUGGGGUAAACGAGAAAACAACAAAGACAAACAUGCACGCAUCAUAUCGCAAACUACUAUUCCAAAGAAUCCUGGAUUUGUUGGAUGCGAUUCUUCCUAUGGCUCAGCAGAAGAGGGAUAGUCAGAGACAGGUCAUUCGGAAAGAAUUCAAGGAGAUUACUCGAAAAGUGAUUGUUGGUGAGUGUGUCCAUUUCUCGAAAGAUGUCCAUUCGGAAAGAUUGGCUGAACUUCUGCUGGAUUUGAAAGAUCUUGAAAUAAACGGCAAAGUGUCAGUCAGCGGUGAAUUUAUCGCCGGCAGCGAAUACGAGCUCACUUUGGACGACUUGCUGGAAUGUGAAUUUGAGAUCGAUGAAUGGUCAACUCAAAUUGAUCUCCCACAAGCACACCCCCAAGUUUUUGCGGAAAUAUUUUCCAAGGCAUUGCAAGGAAAGGAUAUCCCCGAUCUAGGUGCUUCUUGCAUGGCCACAGACCUCGAUUUGAUCAUUCGUUUAAAUGACGAAUUGUCAACAGAAAACCUGAAAUAUAUUGCCGGCGAAUUCGACCAAAAAGUAUCUGACACUUACAAUAACUACCAAAAUGGCAGGAUACAAAAUUGCUGCGAUCAUAAUUCUCCAUCGUGCUAUCUAAACAACUGGUUGGUUGCUGAUCAAUUUCGACUUCUUUCAAAAAGUCAUGUUGUUGACGAGAAUGCGCUAAUUCACCCAAAACUCAUGUUUCCAGUACUUCAACCUUUGAAACAAGGAAAGAAACAAACGGGAGAGUUGCCUUUGCUUGGUCAAGCAGUCAAAUAUGUUAAUUUUAACAGUAAUCAUGGGAAUGCUUACUUACAAGCUGUUCCAAAGUCCUACAUACACCCACAUGACAUGGUAACCCUAUCUCGGUCGGCAAAUGGAAUUUCUUCCAAGAGUGAAUCAGAGUGACUUGUCACAAAGGUUGCCCCUAACAGUCAGCCCCACUCCAAAUAUCACUAAUGAAUUAACAAAUAAAGUAUUCUUAUGCGAAU